AUGAGGAUCAAGAAUCGUCCGAUUCGCUCAAAUUUGAGUUCAAACGUGUUGACAUCCACAAACUUGCUUAACACUGGCUUAACGGUAAGUGAUUUACAUUAAAAUAUAGUGUUUUCAGAAGAGGAAUGGGAGUUUAGUGAAGAAUGGUGUCAAACGUACUAGAGAUCUAGAAGAUGUUGGUAAGUCGACUGUUGUUCUAGCAUUCUGUACACGUACUAUUUUGUAUUUCUUUUUGUUUCGGUAUAACUAUGCAUUCUUUUAGAAAGCGUAUAUUCCAAAAUUUACACCCGGGGCUUCUUAUGUGCAUCUCGGUUUCUGAGGAUAAGCAAAAGGAAGGAGUACUACCAACAUUUGUCACUGAGUGAGUGCAUUGUCAACUGUAAGAACAACAGUUGUGUCACCAGCCAUUUUAAGUUUAACACCAAGAUCGACAAGGUGCAGAUGACUGGCGACUACUUUGUACUGGAAUUCCUAGAAGCCAGACUUCCUUUGGUCCCUCAUCACUUAACGAUGGACAUAGUGCCAUACCUUGUUUACUACUUCAACGAUGACAGUUAUGCUGUGGUAUGGUUUUCAGCCCAAUAUAAAUAUUUUUUAAUUCAAGUUUUACACUAUGCAUUCUGCUAAGUAAACCUGUUUUUAGGAGCAGUUACCUCAAUUCGCCCGUUUCGUGAACUGGAAUGGCAGAAGCGAGCCUUACGUCCAAGAAUUCUUUGUUAAAUCAAAGCCAUGUGGGGGAUCUAUAUACCUGGUGGUUAAAGGGCGGGCAGUAAAUGCGGAAAAUAAUUUUAAAGUCGACGGUAUUCGGAAAGUGGCAGACUUGAAGAAAAGUGGGACAUCCUUAAGCUUGGCUCUGGUUACUGCACCAAGGUCUUUGGUCAUUCAGUAAGUUUUAGACAGAACAACUUAACAACAAUCGCUUUAUUGUUAUAAAACUUAAUUAGUAACUGGCACUGCACAUACUCACGGUACUUACUGUUUCAUGAAGUACCGUACUACCUAAUAUACUGUAAAAUACAGCAAAGUAAUAUGAGCUUUUCAGACUGACCGAGACGGCGGAUAACCUCUCCAUGGCCCUGUCGGAACGCGAGAUAAGAGCCUUGCAAGAGAAAUGGUCAGCGGUGAGUUCUCGUGCAAAGUCCGGAGAGUAGCCAGGGUCCACUCGCAGAGGCAUAGUUGACCCGGUUAAGUCUUUCUGAAACAUUUCUUUUUUUGCUCACGUACUCUAUGUUGUUUUAGCGAGCACGUCGUGGGGAAGGACUGAACUACUUGGUGAUGGAGCUGAGUAACGAGGAAGGUAUUGGCCUGCCAUCGGCUCCAGCCAAGUCUCUGGUUUCGAAGAUCAAAGCUGGUGAAAAGAUGGGUGUUACAAGGUAAGAGUGACCAUCAGAAGCUGCAAUCAACUGUUUCAGGUAUUGUUUUCAAUCAAAUGCAAAGGAAGAGUCGCCUUCUACAAGUUCGGCGUCCAGUGGCUACAGCUCUAUGUCUGAUUCGUCAAACACAACUACAAAGUCAUCGUUCGUAGUAAACUGUCAGAAGAAUUCGUGUAUAAUCUGUGGACGUACAUUUGGUACAGUCUCGGAUCUGGUACUACAUUUGCAUUUUCGGUAGGUUUAAAAUGCACCUAUUAUCUUUAAAAUUAAAAAAGUAAUUUUGAUUACUAAUAGUUUUAAAAAGUAGACAAUUACAUAUCUCAUUUUAGGUAUCCUUUGCUCAAUUUUGUGCAUGACAGUCUGUCUCCUACCGAAGUUACUGUUCAGUUUAAUGGAGUCCCCACUUUGACCAACAAACUCAUAAACUUUACAAAGUAAGUACAUUCUAAUAAACUUUUGUAUCGCCUUGUCAAUCUUUUGAUAAAGAUUGCCUUGAAAUUACUUUUAUGAUUACUUUUGAAUACUGUAAAUUAUAAAAAUUAUUUUAGGACAGACGUAGUUAAAGAACGAAAAAGGGUACUAGACAAGCUGGGAGCACCAGCUAAAGUGACUAGAAAACGAAAGAACCUGAACAAACUCACGGACCUUGACCUGCCCUUUAACAUGCCAGUAUAUGAACCCCUUCCUGGAGAUCUGUAUGGUGUGGAGACCCCAAAGGAUUAUUUGGGUAACCUCAAUGCAAGGAGAAUAUCUGAAUUUGCUGACGUCAAGGAUUCCGAGAAGAGGAUGAUGAUAUUGUGGAACGGUUUUGCGAACAAACGGGUCAACAGGACGGUCUCUGAAAGGACAGGUAGUCGAGAACUGGUAGGUUAACGCAGACACAGCUAAAGAUAACUAAACAUUUCUUUAAGUUCAAGAAUACUUUCUAUAAAUAAAUAUCUUUAGCGAGACUUUGUAAGACAAAACGACGCAGAGAUUCUGAAAGAUCACGGAAUCUACCAAUUCAUGCUCCAUAGUGCUACAAAGCGUCUGCACGGCGAAGUGAGUACAGAUGCCAUAAAGGACUCUCUGCUUCAUUUGAUUGAGAAGUCAGAAGCCUUGAGAAGCCCUACCAAAAGUGCCAAAACUUCUCCAACCAGAUCUCAAAAGGUUAGAAACUCUUGAAUGCUUUAUCGAUAAAACGUUGUCUUACCGUCUUUCUCUUCAUACUGUAACUAUGCAUAGUACAAGUAAAACGUAUUGUUAAUGUUAUGAACUGCCUAGAUGAAAAUACUUUCUGAGUGAUUUGCCAUGUUGUAGUAGAAGCCUUUGUUAGUGAUUGUCAUACUAUAUAGUUUUAUUAUUUAUAUUAUACAUAGUUGGUUUAAUAAUUUUAAUAUUGUUUUUAUCUGUAGCUUUAAUUAUAUAAACUCAUAAGAGACAACUCCAGAGCGUGGUAAUGUUGUAUUUUCGAUUAUUUACUGAAAACUAACCUAACAAUUGAAAGCACCUUUAAAGCACGGUUUAGAUAAGAUGA